CCUUUCCAGCGCCUGGGAAGAACUUUCCGCCCGGCCGCCGCCGCCUCUCUCCCUCCUCCGGGGGGCGGCGAUGCGGGGCCGCCGUGCCCUUGAAUGGCGCGCCUCCGCCUCCUGCUCCUCCUCCUCUGCUUCUCUCCUUCGCCCCAGCCGCGCCUGAGCGAGGGCUUGAGGAGGAUGCGGCUCCUUCUGCGAGCGAGACCUUGACGGAGCUCGGCUUCCCAGCCCCCUUUCCGCCAGCAUGGGCUACACGGACCCCACUUCCAGCCGGGAUCUGCUGGGGAACCGAACUUUGCUCUUCAUCUUCAUCUGCGCCUUCGCCGUCGUCACUCUCCUGCAGCAGAUCCUGUACGGGAGAAACUAUCUCAAGAGUGGGCUGCAGUUUAGCUGGCAGAGUGGAGAGGAAAUGGCCAAUUGGACCGGCAACCUCAAUUUCACGGAUGGCGGAGCUCUGAGGAGUGGCGGUGACACUGGCACCAGGUACUUUGAGUUUUAUGAAGGUCCUUUGGAGUACAACUCCACAAAAUGCCUAGAGUUGAGGCAGGAUAUCAUUUCGGUGAAGGUUCUCUCGAUGGUGAAGCAGACAGAGUUGUUUGAAAGGUGGAAGAACCUUCAGAUGUGCAAGUGGGAGAUGAACAUCACCGAAGCCAGACAGUUCAAGGCUACUCUGUCGAGGUGCUGCAAUGCCCCAGCCUUCCUCUUCACCACCCAGAAGAACACUCCUCUGGGAACGAAACUCAAAUACGAAGUGGACACAAGCGGCAUCUUUCACAUCAAUCAAGAAAUAUUCCGAAUGUUUCCAAAGGAGAUGCCGUACUAUCGCUCCCAGUUCAAGAAGUGUGCUGUGGUUGGAAACGGGGGGAUCCUGAAGAACAGCAGAUGUGGCCGGGAGAUCGACAGUGCCGAUUUUGUGUUCCGGUGCAAUUUGCCUCCCAUUUCUGAGAAAUACGUUGUGGAUGUUGGUGUAAAGACUGACGUCGUGACGGUUAACCCCAGCAUAAUCACCGAAAGGUUCCACAAGCUGGAGAAGUGGAGGAAGCCCUUUUUCGAGGUCUUGCAGGUGUACGAAAAUGCCUCGGUCCUGCUCCCUGCUUUCUACAACACCCGCAACACGGAUGUCUCCACCCGGGUCCGGUACGUCCUGGACGACUUUGAGUCCCAGCAGGCCGUCUACUUCUUCCACCCGCAGUACCUGAUCAACGUCUCGCGCUACUGGCUGACUCAAGGGGUCCGCGCCAAGCGCAUCAGCACGGGCCUGAUCCUGGUGACGGCGGCCUUGGAGCUGUGCGAGGAAGUGCACCUCUUUGGAUUCUGGGCUUUCCCGAUGAACCCCUCAGGGAUAUUUAUCACCCACCAUUACUACGACAACGUCAAACCUCGGCCGGGAUUCCACGCCAUGCCUUCGGAAAUCUUCAACUUCCUCCAUAUGCACAGCAGAGGCAUUCUGAGGGUACACACAGAUGCCUGCACCUGCUGCUGAGGGGUCAGGACAGGAGGAAGCUCGGUUCUUCUCCCGAGUCAUGUAAAGGAAAGGAAGAAAGGGAGACGAUGCACCGGCAGCCCUGGG